AAAUUUUCUAUAGCGUGGUCUAGCGUGAAUCUCGUAAAAGAAAAAGGAAAAGUUUGUUUUUAUUUACAGAAUGCAUACACAUGAGCUCUUCAAGACGCCGCUAGAAGAGGACGAAGUCGAGGUUUCGGAAGACGAUGUAGUUGGCUUCAUAGCAGAAAUUGAACAAGAAGUGGUAAACGAAUCAGACAGCGAAAUCGGUGAAUACGAUUUGGGUGAUGAUAUAGGAGCCCCAGAACCAUUUGAGCGGGCUGCAGCCAAUGCUGAGGACAGCAUCAGCAGCGAUGGCAGCUUUAAUCCCAAUGACGAAGAUUCAGACACAGAUUCUGAUGAUUCCAUGCUAGAUGAACCGGAUGAGGCGGCUGUUGGUGGAGCCAGCAAAGCCAAACGGCGCAAAGAUGAUGAUGGACCCAGUGGAAGCUCAAACAGAAAUCAAGAUUCAGAUGGCAAUGCGUUUGAUAUGGAUGAAGAUGAUGAGACCGAUGAAACAGUGCGCGCAAUAAUAGCAGCUAUAAAGAAACCACGCAGUGCUCCUCCUGAAAUUAAGCUCGAGGACUUUAUUACAGACAUAUGCUUUCAUCCGGAAAGACAUAUUAUCGCCUUAGCGACAAUUAUUGGUGAUGUGCAUCUCUAUGAGUACAGCAACGAGGAAAAUAAGUUGCUCAAGACUAUUGAAGUGCAUGCGAAAGCUUGUCGGGAUGUGGAAUUCACAGAAGAUGGGCGCAGUUUGAUUACCUGCUCGAAGGAUAAAUCUGUGAUGAUUACCGAUAUGGAAACAGAGAAACUAAAGAAGCUUUAUGAGACGGCCCACGAUGAUGCCAUAAACAAGCUGCUUGUCCUUGAUGAACGACUCUUUGCCUCAGGCGAUGACUCGGGUACUGUGAAAUUGUGGGAUUUCCGCACAAAAGAUUCCAUAUUCGAACUUAAAGAGAUUGAGGACCAGGUCACUCAAAUGAUAACCAACGACCAAAAGAAACUUCUAUUGGCCACCAGUGCAGAUGGCUAUCUUACCACCUUUAAUAUUGGAGCACGCAAAUUGUAUGUUCAAUCGGAGCCUUACGAAGAGGAACUUAAUUGCAUGGGCAUUUAUCGGGGGAACUCCAAACUUGUUGUGGGUACCUCAAAGGGUCGUCUCUAUUCAUACAAUUGGGGCUACUUUGGCUACCACUGCGACAUGUAUCCGGGCAUUAAGAGCCCCAUAAGUCUAAUGAUUCCCAUAACCGAGCGCAUUGCUUGUGUCGCGGGUGAAGAUGGCAAUAUACGCGCAUGUCACAUUACACCGUAUCGAAAUCUGGGAGUUGUAGGGCAACACAAUAUGCCCAUCGAAUCUAUGGAUAUCAAUACAAAUGGCGAACUAUUGGCCUCGUCAUCGCAUAAUAAUGAUGUUCGGUUCUGGAAUGUGAAAUAUUUUGAGGAUUUUGGUGACAUUAAGUACAAUGAGAAGCACAACGCCUACAAGGAUAAACGCCACAAUUUGCCCUCAUCCAAAUGUACAAAUGCUUCAGAUUUCUUUGCGGAUCUGGCCAAAGAAGAUAACAAUGAUAAUGAAAAUGAUGAUGCCACCGCUGGGCCCAGUAAUACAACUUAAUUAGUUAAUUGCUAAAUCUUCCAGCAUGAUUUCUUCAAUUUACUAGACGAUAACUGUUAAAGAUCCCCCCUUACCCCUCGACAAGUUUAUGUGUAGCCAUAUAUAGAUAUAUAUACAAUUGUAUAUGAAUUUAAGUAAAUAAAUAAAGUUACAUCCAACAUUUUAAUCAUGAGAUAACACUUCUUGUCAGUUGGUCUAAAAACAAAAUAA